AUGGCUGGCAUCUGGUCCCUCUUAAAGGCUUCGGGGGCCUCUGCUGCUUCCGGCAAUGUUGCUGCCGGGCCCACAUCUGAGGACACUAGGACUGCCGCAGACAGCACGUCGCGGAUAUCGAGGGAAUCAUCGGAGAGGCCGGCAGCUACGAGCAGCGGCAGUAACGGCAGUUCUAAGAGCAGUCGCUCGCUCUCAAGGAUACUCGGCACCAUGCCGACCUCGACCCCGACACAAAGACAGUCAGCCGACGUUCAAGACUCCCAUUCCAACCACGCCCACUCCCGCUCCCACAGCCAAGCCACUAUCAACCAGACCGCGCCUCAGCAGCGGCCGCCCCCGAUAUCCUCGGGCCUCUCGGGCUUUCUGGGCAGUGCGCAAAUUGGCCGCCGUAAGCACUCGACCCGCCCGUCGAAGAGCAGCGACAUCACCAUCACCCCGCUCUCUCACUCGGAUCAGGAGAACAACAGCGCUAGCAAGACGGAAAACGGCGUUGAGAAUGCAGUCGGGGAUGCUUUUGGGCCACCCUUCACCACUUCAGGUCUUCAAGGUGAUUCUUCCAGCAGUGCGAAUACACCUUCACGAGGCGGCAAGCCGAGCAGCCAAGUUGACGUAGUGGCCAACGCAACCCCUGCCACGCCCGCUGCAGCGCGUUCCAGUAUCGUGACGUCGACUUCAACGGUUACCGGUGUUGCCAUUGACCCCCUUUCCCAACAAAUUUAUCUGCGCAAGAGCACCGAGUUGUCUACCGGUAUCCCCCAUCGCCUGUCCCAGAUGGCUGAAGGCAUUGCACGUGCAAGUUCAGAGCUCUCGCACAACGUUGUCUCGACGGUCGAUCUGUCGAAAGAGAGGAGGUAUGCAUAUGGGGACGUUACGAGGCAGCUGUACAAAUCAGGCCGCUCACCCAGUCCAAAUGUCAGCAGCAGGAGAGGAGGGUCGCUUUUAAGCCGUCUUAGCAUUCGAGGAAGAAAGAACAGAGAGAUAGCAGACGUCGAUUCCGAGUCCGAUUUUGGCAGCGAAACCCGUCUCGAUGGCACGAACGCCCGUGUCUUUAGCCAGACCUCGCUGAACAGCCCGAUCGUCGGUGGCGGAUACAUCCCCCACCACAAAGAGCCCCCACGAUACAUCCGCGUAAAGACUAUAAACAAGAAGACCCGCGAGUUCAAUCGCAUGUUCCUCGCCCAAGAGCUUGUCGGCACAUACCCGGUAGAAAAUAAUAAUGGCGAACCGGUCAUAAUCGACGGCAAGAAGGCGCCGACCGUCAGCAUCAGUGUCCCGGGCUCAGGCGACCGCAAAACGAUGCGUACAGGAGGGGCAAUCUGGGCUAGCCAGUUCAACAAGGAUGGCAAGUAUCUUGCGACCGGGGGGCGCGAUUGUGCCGUGAGGAUUUGGGCGGUCAUCUCCAGUCCAGAGGAGCGUCGCAAGCAUGAAGAAUCUGAAGGGGAGAGAUUGAGCGCUCCCGUGUUCCAGGAGAAGCCCAUCAAGGAGUUCCGUGGGCAUACGGGGGAAGUAUUAGCGUUAAGCUGGAGCAAGAAUAAUUUUUUGUUGUCGUCGUCGAUGGAUAAGACAGUGCGACUGUGGCAUCCUAGCCGUCCUGAGUGCCUCGCUGUCUUCCAGCACAAGGACUUUGUUACAAAACUUGCAUUCCAUCCACGCGACGACCGAUUCUUCCUGGCCGGCUCUCUCGACACCAUGCUGCGGCUGUGGAGCAUCCCUGAUAAGGACGUCGCCUAUUCCGUCAAGCUCCCUGACCUUGUUACUGCCUGCGCCUUCUCACCCGAUGGCAAGAUCGCCAUUGCGGGCCUGCUCAACGGUCUGUGUGUGUUUUACGAGACGGAAGGGCUCAAGAAGAUAGCAGAACUCCAAGUGCGCUCCACGCGCGGCAAGAAUGCCAAAGGGAGUAAGAUUACUGGCAUUCAGACUAUGGUGAUCCCGCCGCCGUCGGUGCUCCCUGAUCAUGCGUCGACUGUGACAGAUCUUACCGAGGUCGGCUACAGCGACGUAAAAGUGUUGAUCACAUCUAACGACAGUAGGAUACGUGUUUACAACCUCGCCACCAAAACCCUGGAGGUCAAGUUCCGUGGCCAUGUCAACUCGUACAGCCAGAUCUCGGCUUCGUUCUCCGACGACGGCAAGUACGUCAUCUGCGGCAGCGAAGAUCGCAAAACCUUCAUCUGGAGCGAGAUCGUCACAACCGCCCUCUUCGCCCCGACCAAGACUCGCAUGCUCUUAGGCAACAGCGGCGAUCCAAUCUACGACCUGUGCAACCCGCCGCCGGUAGUGCUCCAGAGCUUAGAAGACAUGGAAGCUAUCAGCGCCGCAGCUAGCCAGGUCGCGCUCAGCGCUGCCGCCGCCGAUUUACCUAUCGACCAGCAGACCCCAACUACCCCAUCGAUUGCGAAACGUCCGGAGCCGAGUCCAGCGUACAUCGCUCGCUCGACACAUUACGACGGAAACAUCAUCGUCACGACGAGCGACACGGGUAUCAUCAAGGUGUUCAGGCAGGACUGUGCAUUCACAAAGCGUCGACACGAGAGCUGGGAAACUGGCAGCGCAUUCAGUCGCAAGCUUGCUUCGUAUGGGAGUAGUAAUGGCGGGUAUGUUGGCAAUGGGGGGCUAGGGAGGAGUAUCAGUGUGUUGACACGGACGAGCGAGAAUACACACAGUAGGAGCGGGUCAUUGAGCCAGGUGUUGAGUGCUGGUGCCGUGGAGACACAGCCGGACAGAAUAUUGAGCUGGAGGCAGGGCGUUGAGCCUAUAGAUAAGCGGUUGAGUCAGCUAAGGAAUGGAACCGGAAGUGAGGGGGGGCAGAGUCCGGUGAAGGGGAACGGGUCGUCUUUGCCGACCCCUCUUCCACCACAGACCAACAAUGGCAACUUAACCAGGUCAUCAACGCUACCUGUUAUUGCCUCAGCCCGUCCCAACAGCAACGGUGGUGUGAGCACCAGCGCAGCAACGGCGCCUAACAGUCCAGCAUCACCUGUUGACACCUCGUUCAAUGCCACCGUGACGACACUGUCACCAGCUCCUGUGCCAGGCCGCAUGCAGAGGACACUCAGUCAGUUGACUUCUAAGACAAAGGAUAGUUCAAAGAGCAGAAAGAAGAUGAAGAUCAGGGAUCAAGAGGAACAAACAGGGCCGCCAACACCGAGCUUCACCUUCCAUCCUGCCAAUCCGUCUUCUGCGAAUGGGGGUCUGGCAGGUGAGGAUGAUGAGCUCAUGAACCAUGCGGAGUUUGGAGUUGCAAGUGCGAUGACCAACAAUGUGGGCCAAAAUUCCGGGUCUGGGUCUGGCUCGUGGCUCGGCAGUUUAUCACGGUUGCGCGAGUUUGUUGGAAUUCCUGGAUUCACUAGGACCGCUUCAGCUGUGCAGCCACCUGCAUCCUCGCAGUUGCCACAAUCCCCGCAGUCACCCGCCUUACCAGGGUCAGCGCCGGUUGCUGAGAGUGAGGGUGUUGGCGCAGCUUCAGCAGCGUAA